AUGGCUACCAGUGUUCCCAUUUCAAUUGGCUUCAUGACAAUUUGGCAGCAGCAACAACAACAGAAUUUUGCCCACCCUCCAUCAAACUAUCAGACACGACCAUUAGGUUUACAACCACAGCAGCAGCAACUGCAACAACAGAUUCGGUACAUUCCAUCGCCACAACAACAACAACAGCAGCAGCAGCCACAACAGAGGCUAUCAGUCACUACUCCCACUCAACCACGUCCUCUCCAGAGACUUCAACAGGUCGUUUAUCGACAAGUGAUUCAGCAACAGCCUGGAAAACUACAGUUUGCCCAGCAGCAGCAGGUGUACCAUCAACAGCCACAAGCAACCCAGCAACAACAGCAGAUCACCAGUCCCCAACAACCGGCCCUACAGCCUGCGAGGGAUGUUCCUGCGCCGCAGAAUGCUGCGCCACCCCUGGUGAAUGGUGUAAUGGGCGGAGAGCACUCCAGACUCCAGCACAACCAGAGUGGUCUCGGCAAACACAGGAGCUUCAGCGUCAGUGGCACCGCACCACCUCCCUCUGCAGCUGGCUCCCAGCCUGAGGAGGACAGGAGGAGAUCCAUAGCAGUCGUCAGUGGUAGCCAGGCUCAGCAGCAGAACCCGGGGUCUGCGAGCCAGGGACCGGGGCUCAAGCGGCAGUCGUCAGUCUUUGGUUUCAUCAAACGAGCGAGGGAGCACUCUCAGAGCCGAGCAAUGGACCAGCAGCAGCAGCAGCAGCAACAACAGCCGCAGGCGCAACAUCACCUGCCUCCAGAACGGGAAGCGACACCCGGUGGUACUGGGGCU